GUGGUGAGCAGCAGAGUGUGAGAGGGGCGGGGUGAAUUACAGCUGACAUCUCCAGACGAAAGAAUUGGCUCUUGCAGAAGGACGCAGCAUGUCUGGUGGGCAGGUAACGGUUAACUUCUCUGCAACUGGAAAUAAGGUGUUGGGCUAAAUAGACCGGGUGGGGGGCAAAUAAGUUGGAUUUCCUGAGUGCAUACAAGUUGCAUCAACCGGACAAUAUAUCUCGGUAACCGGAGAAGACGUGAAAGAUAUGUAGGAGUCGUGCGUAAAAAUCCACAAGAUUCCUCGGAGGGGCUGAUCGUCCGAGGGAGAGUUGUGCCAAAGUGCGACUUGAGUUGAGGAACAGCUUAUUCAUGCAAAUUCAUAAAAUCAUAGGCGUGCCUUUGGGCGAUGGAGUCACAGCCGGAAAAGCAAACCCCCUCCUGGAUCAUCAGCGACCUUCAAAGACUGUGAUGCGCAGCGCUCGGACGCAUUGACAGCGGCACCGGGGUAAAUGUUUCACCCGCUUUCGAAGCAAAGAGAGAGAGAGAGAGGGAGAGAGAGAGAGAGACACGAGAAAGUUAGAGCCCGUUUUGUAGACGCUCUUCUCCACUGACUGUCCCUCCAUCCAUCAGCUUGGCUACUGCGCCACUGACCCGCUGGAUUUCCAAGCAGAAGCUUAUUGCGCAAACUGUAGUGCACAGCUGCAACUAUCACCACUUGCCUUGGGUCUUCAUUUGAAUGUUUUUAUUUAUUUUUGCACUCAACUCCGACGCGUACGAAUACUGUCAAUACUGAUGCGGAUGAAAUUAACGUCACCCUGCUUAGUAGAAUUUGUGCGUAAAGGCGCGACGUCUGAUUUUCUCCUGUCUUGAGAAACCUAGGCUAUUUAUUAAAUCUUUUUUUCCCCAAUUGCUGCCGACUUUUUUUUCCUCCCACCACGAUGUCAGAGGACGACAGGAGCUCCACUACCAGCUCCAUGUCUGAUAGUGAAGGCAGCAAUGUCAGCGUCCUCAACUGGGAGCAAGUGCAGCGCCUGGACGCCAUCCUGACGGAGACCAUCCCCAUCCACGGCCGGGGGAACUUCCCCACUCUGGAGAUGAAGCCCCGGCAGAUCGUUAAAGUGGUGCGCAGUCGGAUGGAGGAGAAGCAGAUCCACGUCCGGGAUGUUCGGUUAAACGGGUCUGCAGCCAGCCACAUUCUCCAUGAGGACAGCGGACUGGGCUAUAAGGACCUUGACCUCAUAUUUUGCGCAGACAUGAAAGGUGAAAGUGAUUUCCAGACUGUGAAGGACAUCGUUUUGGACUGUCUCCUGGAUUUUUUACCUGACUGUGUGAAUAAAGAGAAAAUUACCCCCUUAACAUUAAAGGAAGCUUAUGUGCAGAAGAUGGUGAAGGUGUGCAAUGACUCCGACCGCUGGAGUCUCAUCUCUCUCUCCAACAACCGGGGGAAGAACGUGGAGCUGAAGUUUGUGGACUCUCUGCGCAGGCAGUUUGAGUUCAGCGUGGACUCCUUUCAGAUCAAACUGGACUCCCUGCUGCUGUUCUACGAGUGCUCAGAGAACCCCAUGGCUGAGACCUUUCACCCCACCAUCAUGGGUGAGAGUGUGUAUGGUGACUUCAGCGAGGCCCUGGACCACCUACGUCACAAGAUCAUCUGCACCCGCAACCCAGAGGAGAUCCGUGGUGGGGGGCUGCUGAAGUACUGUCACCUGCUGGUGAGGGGUUUCCGGGCAGUGUCAGAGUCAGAGAUGAAGUCCCUGCAGCGCUACAUGUGCUCACGUUUCUUCAUUGACUUCUCUGACAUUGGUGAGCAGCAGCGCAAGCUGGAGUCCUACCUUCAAAACCACUUUGUGGGCCUGGAGGACCGCAAGUACGACUACCUGAUGACCCUCCAUGGGGUGGUCAAUGAGAGUACGGUGUGCCUGAUGGGACAUGAGAGGCGGCAGACCCUGGGGCUGAUAGCCAUGCUGGCGGUGCGUGUGCUUGCCGAGCAAAACGUCAUCCCCAACGUGGCCAAUGUUACUUGUUACUACCAGCCUGCCCCGUACGUGGCAGAUGGUAACUUCAGUAACUACUACAUAGCGCAGGUACAGCCAGUCUUUGCUUGCCAGCAGCCUGCUUACUCCACCUGGCUGCCCUGUAACUGAGCCAGCUCUGAGGAAAACAGAAGAGAAAGAGAGCCUGGCCUGUUUAAACAGGAGCUGAGUUGCUCAGUCGCUGCCUCAAAUCUGUCCAGUGUUUCGCAGGUGAAAGAAAAAGGAAUCCCCUUCUUAAUGUUUUGCAUCAAAGCUUUCGUUUUUGUUCAUACAUUGAGUAUGAAUGGUAAAAAAAAAAAAAAAAGUACAGUUGGAUCUCGGCUCAUUCAUGGCAAGUCUUUCAAUGUGAAUAUUUCACAUUUUGUGGGGGGUGGCCCCACCUCACACUGCCCCUGCCAGCCAGCUUUGGAAAAAGGCACAUUUGGGUAACUGGGACUAUAAUGGCUUGAUGCAAAAGCGUGGCAGCCAAGAAUAAGAGCCGCAGAACUAUGUGUGAAACUGUCCUAGACUGAUUGAAUCUGUCAAGAAGUGAUUAGUCAGCAUGUCUCAACAACAGACUGCAUCAGUGCCCUGAAGUUGACAGCUUGCUGCCGUUGAAACAGAGGAAGAAAAACCCCGGCUUUCAGGGGUGCGUAGCUCAACACCCACGCACACACUCUGGGUGAAAUCAAAGUUGUGCAGGGGUCAAAAAAUGAAUACAAUAGACUCUGUUUUCUGUUUGAUGAACUGAGGUGAGAUGCUGCCACUAGUUUGGGUAACAAACUGGCAUCUUAACAUUUGGGUAUAAUUGUGGUUGUUUACAGACCAAAGAUUUUUGAUUGUUUCUAAAAGUAAAGCCCUAUUUUGAUGGGGAUAAUAAACAAAAUAUAUGAUGCUAUGUUUAUUUGUAUAUGUGAACUUGUUUUAAGUGCCUAAUGCCUCUCAGCAGGCAGAGAAAAGAAUGAGCAGGCCAUAUCAUUUUGUGAAUUAGCCCCACUCUGUUUAUAGUCAGGCACAAGACAAUAGCACCCCAGAGGCUUGUGAAUGUAUAUGUGAAAUGAUUCAUACACAGUCAGUGUUCAUGUACGCUUGGAUGAGAGAGGACAUCCUGCGUUGGUGUAUGAUUAAAGGGGAUGCUGUGGAUUUCGCCAAAAAAGAAAAAGUAGAAAAUUAAAAAGCGAGAUUCGAAGAUUGUUGCUAGACGUUUUCCUUGCAGAUAUUUGGAGGUUAUGAAUCAAUUUCACAUGAUCCUUUCCCAGGAAUGCAGAAACUCUCGCAAUCAGUAUGAUGUUGAACUCACGCAGUCCAAAACAAACUCCACAGAGGUAUUCGACUGUGCAUGUUGCAAGUUAGACUGAUCGUUGUUAAGUGAUAUCGAGACCACGAUUGACGAGCAUUUUCAGAUCAUCAGCAGCAAAGGAAAAGCUGAAUCGUGAAAGUUUCACUCACACAACAUUUCCUGUAUAUUUUGUACAGUGGUGCUUCACUUUUUUUUUCUCAUUUGAGAGGGAGAACUAGAGGGAGAGGCAGACAGACACAGAGAGAGGGAGAAAGGAAAGAUUGCAUUCAGAGAGAGUGAGGGAAUCAGACAGAGAGCUGGUGUGUAUUCCAAUGCUUCCUCGUAGAACGAUAUUUGCAGAGACACCUCAGAUGAUGGGACACUAUUUGCUGUAGCACCCUAGCAGGGAAUUCCUCAGCUGCUGCCGAAGGGGUUGAACUUAGCUGGGUUGGGUCUGCUUCGCCUGAACCCUCCAGAAAAUGUUGUGCCAAACGGUGACCUGCUGUUAGCCCCAAAGUUUGACAAGUCCGUUUGUUGAUAAAGAAUGAGAUGCUGUGUUGAUAUGGAUGCAGAUGUUGAGAGACAGAGAGUGCGAGAGAGAGAGAGAGAGAGAGAGAGAGAGAGAGAGGAAAAUGUAAUGGUUGAACGCCAGAAGGGAGAGUGAGUCGGUCUGGAGAGAUGGGUGCAGCUGGUGAUGGGGUUUAUCUCUGCAGGGCUACCAUGCUUUACUGUACAAACUGUCUGUAUCACGGUCAAAUUACAUGCUAUAACUUAAGUGCUGCAGCUCUUCCCUUUUCUUUUUUUUUUGUUUUUGUUUGGGAACCCAGAAUGAUUUCUCUUGUUGAACGCAGCUGCUCUUUGUUUUUAUUCAUCUGACUGUUGUUAUAAAGAGUGAAAAUAGAAGAUAAUCGCAUGCUUUGGCACCGGCUUCAGGAGACUUUUAAGUUGCAAAGACGUUUCAUUUGUGAGGUUGCUUUAUUCCUUAUUAAUGCAUUUUUUAUGCUUCUUUCCACACAAUUUAAAAUAGUUGUAUAUACAUAUGAUUACAUGCUUCACUUUUCCCAACUCAUUUAAUCCUUGCAAGUGCAAACUAAACUGCAGCCUUUCCUGAUGGUAGACAAAGGGAACAGUAAUAUGGUGAUUUUGUACAUGAAGAGCUAGGUUAGGCCCAGAAGACAAACAUCAGCUACUGUGUUGUCAAGAGUAAUUCUCUCACUGAAAAAGCAUUUCUUUCUUUUCCUCUGUCUCGCAUAAUUCUCAUAAUUCAUUAUUCAGCUCUGUUCGGUUGUUUCUUCUAAAAUGACUGUCCAUUUUCAUGCUAUCCUGUGGAUUGUGCAGGCAAUUUAUUGUCCUUUAAACUCAGUGAAGUCCUAACAGCUGACUAGCUAGCUAGCUCUAGUCUGUCUGUCAAUUAGUGAUUGUGCCUGUCAGUUAGAGAUUGUGGGUUACUGCAUUGUCUUGUAUGCAUUUUCUCAUGUCCAUUUCUGUUUAAAUGCAGUCUUUUACAAUCACACUUUGAAAAAGAAAGAAAAAGAUUCUGUCUUGUAUGUAUAUUUUUUAUGAUUGUUAUUUUUAUAAAUGUAUCAGACACUGCAGAUAUUGCAGCGCUUUUGAAUCUGUGAUCAGGCUGCAAAGGAUACGUUCUCAAUAGCUUUUUUUUUGCAAAUCUUAUAUUAAGUGUCCAAUGGGUCGAAAGAUAAAAAUGUUUUCAUCAAUAAAAAAAUUUAAAACUG